AUACCAACCACCAGACAAUGACAAAAGAAGAAGCAGCAGAAGAAGAAAAAAAACGAAGAAGAAGACGCAUGGGUAGCGACUGCACUCAUGGCUUUCACUGCUAUUUCUGGAGAGUGGUUUUUGCUGGCAUGUGGCACCAAAUUUAUAGCUGCUCACUUGACGGAAGACCGAGAGCCAUUUGUAUUUGACUGCAGCACUGCCAAGAAAAGUAAAGAUGAUUCAACGGUGGAUGGCAAUAGCCUUGAAAGUGACAGAAUACUGGCCUUCACUGUUUCGCCAUCUGGAAAACGGGUGGCACUAACUGAUGACUCCAAAAGACUGGUCCUGUUUCAGUAUGAGCAUUCCUGGCAACAUGUUAGUACUAGGUGGUUGGUGAGGAGGGGCACAUCCUUGGUGUUUACAAAGGCGGAAGACGAGAUUCUUGUGGCUGAUAAAUCGGGCGAUGUGUAUUCCUUCUCGGUGAAGCAACGGGACAAAGAAGGCGCACUUAAGAUGGGUCACCUAUCCAUGGUUCUAGCUGUGACUAUGUCAAUUAACGAUAAGUAUAUCAUCACUGCUGACCGGGAUGAAAAAAUACGAGUGAGCCACCUUCGUUCUCCGUACAACAUACAGUCCUUCUGCCUCGGACACAAACAGUUUGUCAGUUCACUGUUGGUUCCUUCAGGCGAUAUGCACUGGUUGCUGUCAGGAUCAGGGGAUGGCACGGUGAAGCUGUGGGAGUAUGAAACUGGUCAGAAGCUCGAAAGUUGGGACUUGAACAACCUUGAAGAAACACUUGUCCCAAAAUUGGACAAUGAGAUGAAAGUAACGGUAUGCAAUAUAACCAGCUCCCCUGAUGGGUGUCACAUCGCUGUGCAGUGUGACAGAUUGUCAACAAUUCAGUUUUUCAUGGUGAACCAGGAUAGUGAAGAGAAGAAACUUGUACCACACAGCAGGAUUUCCCUGCCACUAUGUCCUCUUGAUAUAACCUUUGACCGACAAGGCCGACUUUGGGUGCUGUUGGAUUCCUGUGAAACACUGUUUCAAAUCUAUACACUUGAACAUUCCAUCUGGAAGUGUGACGCUGCCAGCACUGAACUGAAAAGGGUGACUGAGGCUUUCAAAUCUCACUGGCAGACACUUAAAGUUUCCACUGGGACUCCUAGCCGUUUUGAACAUCUGCACAAGGCGACUUUUGAUAACGUGACUGUGUACAUGGAAAAGAAGCAGCAACGACUGGAGGAACAGCAGCAGAAAAGGAAAAUGGAACAGAGAGACGAUGGCAAGAAAAAGAAAAGAGACGGAAGAAAUUCAGCAUCUGGCAGGCCUCACAGGAUCUCUUCAGUCAUCGUUGGACACCGCAUCACUUCGGUCAUCAUAUGACUCGACCCACUCUCUCUUGAUUUUUGGAAACUGGGUGGGGACUGACUUGCAACGCUUUUUUCAUCGUCUUGAGGGUUUCCGCCGCUUAAUUUUUUAUGUUUGGCUUCCUGGAGAAAAAAAACUCACAGCAGCAUGAAAAUAUUGGAUGAAUCCUAAUUUUAAUUUGAUAAUUUCUUGGUGAUCAAAUAAUAAUGCUUUAUAUUUACCCUGUGACAGGUCAAAAAACAACGAGCCAAGGACCUAUUUGGUGCUGGGGACAUUUGAAUUUACAUAAUACUUAUUGAUAUAGCAAUAAAAUCACAUGAGUAGACCUGUCCGCAAACCUAUCUACUUAUGCCAGGGCAACAGCAACAACAACAAAAAUGUCGCGCUUCAACAAACAGGCAGUAGGAGUCCCCUUCGUUUAUCAACAGAAGUGCAUCAAAUUUUAGAAUCAGAAAGGUAAGGGUCUACUUACGUCUUUGUAAAACCAAGGUUGCAUUGUAGGUUUUCAAAGCUGUCGUCGCCGAAAUGAUGAAAACAAUGAGCCGAUUGAGGACCUGUAUGCAUGCUCACAAAAACGGUCCAAACCUUUGCAGGAGAUGUUUUUUUGGACCUCUUAUAGAGUCGAGAGUCUUCCUGUGAGCAAUUCAUCGCUACACAUCGCGAUGGCAUGACGAAUCUCGCGAGUAAAACCCAGAAAAUGUUUGCACUAUAUGGCGAGGAUAGCAUGGUGCUAUAUUUCCUUGUUCAGAGUGGUGGCGAGGCUCUCUGGAAGUUACGUAAUCAGGUAGCGGUCGACAGGGCGGCUCGUCCCUCGUUGCUAUGGUGUUGCUGUGGCCAUAACUCAAAAACUACGCGGUCAAUUAUUAUUAUUUUUUUUUAAUGUGACUUUUUGAGACCGUGAAUGAUGCAUUUAAUACAAUUCAACAGAGUAAAACACUCAAGCGAAAUCCGAAAAGCUCUUCAGUUGCCCUUUAAAUUAAAAACCCGAUCCUUUUCACCAGAUUCCAAUCCUCUGAAAAAUGGCGCGAUCGGCUCCAUUUCCGAUCACGUGAUCGUAUCAGGACAUCCCCAGUCAGAAUCCAUCUGAGCGGUUCAGACCGAGAUGCAUCUUGUCCAUAACAGAUAUGAAACUAUGUACAGUGGUAUCUCUACUUAGGAAAUUAAGUGGUUCUGGAAGUAGUUUCAUAACUUAAAAAAUUCUGUAAGUAGAGACCCGUUUUCCAUGUAAAUGCCCUAAUCAGUUCCAAGGCCCCCGAAAUUCAGACAUAACUCAUUUAUCAUGCAUAAAAAUGCAUCAAACCAUGUAACAAAUGCACUGCUGGCCAAAAGUAUUGGCAUACCCUGCAAUUCUGUCAGAUAAUGCUCAACUUCUCCCGGAAAAUGAUUGCAACGAGGGGUGCACGAUAUCCAUUUUUUGAAACCGAUACCGAUAACUUCCUGCUCCUCAAAGCCGAUACCGAUAUCGAUAACCGAUAAUAAAUAUAAAAACUGUUUAAAAAAAAACAACAAAAAAACUAUAAAUAUAUAAUUUUUAGAAUGUAUAUUCACCCAAGUUUUUGAACACCUGGAGGUUUAAAAAAAAAAAAAAAAAAAAACUAGUGGUGGAUUCAACAUAGUUUUGCCUUUGACCUCACCAGAUUUUUCAUAAUGACAUGAACAUUAUUAUGAACAAAGCAAAGACAAGAAUAGUCUUGACUUCUAAUAAAGUGCCAAUAUUUAUUUUUUCAAAUACAUAUAAUUUGAGUCAAUCACAAUCAAUUAGUCAAUAUAAUUUAAGAUGUGUUUCCUGAAUAAUGAGCACUGAACUAAAACAUAAACCCAACAGGUAUUGUGCUUUGUCAUCAAAUAAAACUAGUUGGUGCUACAGGAGAGGAGACUGUUGUGGUCUUGGUCAAUGGAACAACUUUCUUAACCAGGGAGACAGGUUAGGACAGCAAGCCUAUCAAUAACCAAAAGGCCUCUCAAUAACUUACUAACUUAUAACUAACACUGUAAAAUGCAAACAUUAUGUUGUAAGGUUCAUCACUCAUUCCUCAUAACAAAAAUAUGGUAGAGCAAAAAGGAUUAAUGGCUUUCCUUAUAAUAAUAUCAAUCUUUAAAACACCAUCGAAGCGAUUGUCAUCUUUUCAGUGGCCUUUUAAGAUGUGUUUCUCGCUAGCCGUGUGGCACACUUGAGCGUGACGUCACAGAAAAGGAGCGCUUGCUUUACAAACGCACACAUCCCAAUCCACCGACACUGUGCCAAAAAAUAUUACAGUACAUGUACGGUGCGUUUGACUUCUGCACUUCUGAAUACACUUCCAUAAACAACAAGGCUUGGUCUUUUUCUUGCUUUUUUGGGAAGACACUUGUCUUAAUAUUGUGAAAGUACAACAGAAAAAUAGACAUAUUCAAUACUCAAUAUACAACAAACUGCACAAUACAUUUAUAUACACAACUAUUAUAUGUAAAGCAUAGCACACCUUAAGAAUUGGCUGGCUUCUAUAACACAACUUAUGAAGUUCUGUACAUAUGACCCUUCACCAGAGAAGUAAACAUAUAUUGCACAUGCAUAUGUUAUAGUAAACAUAAAAUACUUAGACAUAUAUUUCCGAGGCGGAAAGCAUUCACGAUUGUCAAUGCUACCGCUAGACACCGCACUGUGUAAAUGAAUGAGCUUGUGAGCAAAACAAAAAAUAGAUGCAGCGAAUUAUUCUGACCGGCAGGUGGCAGCAAUGCCCCGCAAAUGGUCAACUGAUUUCCCAUUCUGGUGUGUAGCGCAGCACAGCACAUACAGUAUUAUCGGUCCAAUUAAUAAUGUUAUUGCAUUUAUUGGGAUGACGUCAUAAUUCCUAUUAUCGGACCAAUAAUUAUCGCGCACCAGUAAUUGCAACUACAAAUGCUUUGGUAGUAAUAUCUUUAUUUAUUUUGCUUGCAAUGAAAAAACACAAAAGAGAAUGAAAAAAAAAUUACAUCAUUAUCAUUUUACGCAAAACUCCAAAAAUGGGCCGGUGUUCUGGAGAAUGGGUAGGCUUUGUCUAAGUAGGAGCCCCGUUUUUGACGGCUCAUUAACUCGACCGCGUGGACUAUCGAUGCAAGGUGUCCCAUCGAACAAAUGUAGCAUACGUUUGACACGUUUAUUUAGGUACUGCCACUGACUGUCGAAGCACUAAUAUUAAAGAUGGGUAGGGUUGGGACAGUUUAUCAGGCUUAUAAUGUCCUGUAAAUAACGUUGCAGUAGCAUAGGUACUGUAUUUCAACAGGUUUAUAACAUCCUUUAAAUAAGACUGUCACUAUAAUCAGCAUAUUUUAGCAGGCUUAUAAAGUCUCUCGUAAUGAUAUUCUACUACGAUUAGCAUUUUUAAAAGGCUUGGCACGUCCUUUAACGGUU